AGCAUGCUGAUUACAUUUUCUAUGAAGAAUUGCUUCCAGUUACUUUGUAACCAUAAGGUCCCAGCAGCUGGCUUAAAAGACAUGGUAAAAGGUGGGCUCAUUUUGCAGUCAGUUUCCAACGAUGUCUACCAAAAUCUGGCUGUUGAAGAUUGGAUCCAUGACCAUAUGAAUCUAGAAGGCAAUCCAAUUCUUUUCUUUUGGAGAAAUUCUCCUUCUGUUGUCAUUGGUAGGCAUCAGAAUCCUUGGCAAGAAUGUAACUUGAAUCUCAUGAGAGAAGAAGGUGUAAAACUGGCUAGAAGAAGAAGUGGGGGAGGGGCAGUCUAUCAUGACUUGGGUAAUAUCAAUCUGACUUUCUUUACAACUAAGAGCAAAUAUGAUAGGAUGGAAAAUCUAAAGUUAAUUGUACGAGCUCUGAAUACUGUCCAACCCCAGCUGGAUGUGCAGGCUACCAAAAGAUUUGACCUCUUACUCGAUGGUCAGUUUAAAAUCUCAGGAACCGCGUCUAAGAUUGGCCGGACUACUGCAUAUCACCAUUGUACUUUAUUAUGUAGUACUGAUGGGACCGUCCUGUCUUCUUUGCUAAAGAGUCCUUACCAAGGAAUCAAGAGCAAUGCCACUGCUAGCAUACCUUCCUCAGUGAAAAACCUUUUGGAAAAAGAUCCCACUCUGACCUGUGAAGCACUGAUGAAUGCUGUUGCUGCAAAGUAUGCUGCUUAUCAUAGGAUUGAUAAUCACAUUAACCUAAUAAACCCAGAUGAUGAGACACUAUUUCCCGGAAUCAACAGCAAAGCCAAAGAACUACAAACUUGGGAGUGGAUAUAUGGCAAAACUCCAAAGUUCAGUAUAAACACUUCCUUUACUGUAUUAGAUGGACAGUCACCCUUGGAAAUUAAAGUAUACAUAGAUAUAAAGAAUGGAAGAAUUCAAGUCUGCAAUAUUGAAGCACCUGGUCAUUGGUUGCCACUGGAAGUAUGUGACAAAUUAAACUCAAAUUUUAUUAACAGUAAGUUUUGCCCAAUCGAAACUACCAUGCUAACAAAUUUAUUACUUAGAACAUGUCCAGAAGACCAUGAACUAUAUAGUAAAUGGAAUAUUCUCUGUGAAAAAAUGAAGGGAAUAAUGUGAUUCAAAGUAAAUGUCUUAGUAUUGACACUUUAGAUGAGAAAAUAGAAAUUUAAAUGUACAUUGCAUGUC